AUGGACCUUCCUGUGCUUCGGUCCGCCCCGAGCCAAACGCGGGAGCGCCUGCUUCACCCGGCGCGCGCGCGCGGCGAGUCUCGGGGCGCGCGCGGCGUCAACUCGGACCGCUCCGUGCCUUGGGGCGGGGCCUCUGCCGUUGCAGGUAGGCCGGUGGGGCGAAAUAACAGGCGGAUCAACCGCGGCAUCGUGGAGGAGUGCUGCUUUCGGAGCUGCGACCUGGCUCUGCUGGAAACCUACUGCGCCAAGUCCGUCAAGUCGGAACGAGACCUCUCCGCCACGUCCCUCGUGGGGCUGCCAGCGCUCAACAAGGACAGCUUUCAAAAGCCUUCGCACGCCAAGUACUCCAAAUACGACGUGUGGCAGAAAAAGAGCUCGCAGCGCCUGCAGCGCGAGGUGCCCGGCAUCCUCCGGGCUCGCCGGUACCGGUGGUUCUCUGAAAUUAAUUGUGAUCCAGUAUAA